AUGUCGCAGCAUAGCGAAUCAGAUUCCAACGUGUCUUCGAGCCAGGACAAUUCAAAAAAUGCGGAAUCGUUAUCUAGUACACCUCAGGCUAAUCGUCUUAUGAUAAAUGAUGUUCUAAACGUGCGACAAAUGAGGCAAGAAAUUUUGACGGAAUGCAAUCGUCAGGCUCACUUAGAUGGCACUUACUUCACUCCCGACUUGAACCAAUCCUCAUUAGGUGGUUCCAUCGUAGCAGUAUGUCAACUUUGCAAAACAAAGUCGAAUAAGCAUCACACAAUCAGUGGCCCUUUGAAAACUGCGUCGAAUUACACUUCACAUAUAAAGAGAAUACAUGAGCCGCAACUGAACGAGUUCAAGGAAUAUCUUGAAACUAAACAAAAAAAAAUGAAAACUGAUGAAAACGAAAGAUCCGCCAGUAAAACGUACUGUACAUUUUCACAAGCCAUCUUCGAAAGAAAUGUUAUCAAUCACAUUUUGGAAAGUUUAGCCCCACUGAAUACGGUUGAAAUGCCAGCCUUCCGAAAAAUAUUCGACGAUAUGAAUAUAAAAAAAAACGGUGUAUCUCUCAAACAUUUGUCCGCUCGAACUGUCGGUCGAUCAAUUAAAAAAGUAUUCGAAGAAAAUACUUCAAAAAUAAUGGGGAAAGUGGCAACAGUCAAAUACGUGUGUACAACAGCGGACGUUUGGUCAUCGCGAACCCGUCGAUUUCUGGGCAUGACUGUUCAUUGGAUUGACGAGAUAACGUUUGAACGACAAUCUUUCGCCAUUGCUUGUCGGCGAUUUGAGGGCAAUCAUUCGUAUGAUAGAGUCGCCCAAUUUAUCAGAGACAUUCACAUGUCGUAUGGGAUAAAUAAUAGCCAAAUUGUUGCCACCAUCACGGAUAACGGGUCAAAUUUUGUAAAGGCAUUUCGCGAAUUUGGAGUUGAAUUUGGUGACUCUUUCUUUCAUGAUGGGAUUGUGGACACUCUAAAUGACGAGGAGUCUGAAUUCGGCGGAGAUCACGGAGAAAUACAAUCAAUUGAGAAAUUAAAUCCUGAUGACCUCGUGUUACCACAACAUUUUCGAUGUGCAAGCCACACACUCAGUUUGGUAGCAACGAAAGAUGCUAUUCCUGCAAUUAAGGCUUCUCCAAGAUUGAAGUUAGCUUACGACGAGAUGAUCGAGAAGUGUAACACUUUAUGGCGAUUAUCAGCAUCUCCGAAACAAAGUGAAAAAUUGCAGAAGCAUCUCGGACAAUCACUGAGGCGUCCAAUAGUGACGCGAUGGAAUUCACUAUAUGAUGCAGUUCAACAAAUUCUCAACUUGAAAGAGAAACUAAUUCAGAUCCCGAAUGAAAGUGGUAUUCGUAAUUUGUUUCGGCCGACGGAUUUCAGAUUCAUGGAGGAGUAUAUCCGAUGCAAUCAGCCAAUAGCUUCGGCGCUCGACGUUCUUCAAGGGGAAAACAUUUGUUCUUAUGGAUAUUUACUCCCCACGCUCAUUUCCGUGAGAAAUAAAUUAAAAAAUUAUUCCGGCCAUUUAGAAUGGUGUGAAAUUUUAGUCCACACACUUCUCAAGGGCUUAGAGGAUCGAUUUCGGACAUUUUUCGACGUGACAGGAGAAGGACGUGUCAGCGCAGUUGCAGCUGCUUCACACCCAUCUUUCAAGUUAAGAUGGCUUCAUUGUUUAAGUCCGUCAGCACAAGAUAAUGUUUUUGCCGCUUUGAAGGAUUCACUUGCAACGAUAAUAAACAAUCAAGUCGAUAAUGAAGAGCAGUCGAUGGAUGUCGUGGACGAUUAUGAUUUUUUCGAUUUUACGGAAGAGACAUCAAAUACGAUCGUAUUUAAUGAUCGAACCUUCGGAAUUAAUGACGGCGAGGCAGCAUUUCAGAGGUUCUUCAAUGAAACUAGAACCGACAUGCAACUGCUCAAUCUGCAUCCAAUUGUGAAGCAGAUUUUUUUCAAAUUCAACACUCCUCUACCAUCAUCUGCUCCAGUUGAACGACUGUUCAGCUACGCGACCAUGUUUAAUCUGCCAAAAUUUAACAGAUUGACAGACGAAAAUUUCGAACUACGUGUUCUUAUGAAAGCAAACGCUAGUAUAUAGCAAUAAAUUAAACGCUACACAUAAAAAAAAACACGAACAAAUAUGUAUUUUCUUAUGAUGAUACUUAAUAAAGGUGUAAUGAUCAAACAA